AAAGUGUUACACCAAGGGCCAGCUGGUUUUUUCUCAUCUCAAUUUUUCUUCAUUCUCCUCUCUCAAAAAAAAAAAAAAAAAAAAAUCCUUUCUACAUUCAUUUUCUUCCAAAAAAAUUUAGUGGGGUGUUUCAAGAUAUGAUUUUUAAGUUAAUGAUGUAAAAAAUAGGUUAAAAAAAAGUAGUAUUUAAAACUUAGCCACUAUUUCUGUUUUCAAAUUUAAUCCUUUUUUUAGUUUCUUGAUUUUCUUCUUCUAAUUCUUGAUGGGUUGUUGUGAGGUGGAAGAAGUAUAUAAAAAGGAGAAAAAUGAAACUUUGGUUACUAGAGAAGAAAAGGGGUUACACAAUAUCAAUAGUUUCACUAAAAACUUUGCCAUUUUGGUUGGUUUUAGUAGUGAAAGAAGUUGUUCCCUUCUUGUCUUCUUGUUAUAAGUGAAGUGAAGUGAAAAAAAAAAUAAAAGAACCAAAAAAUACAAAAUUAAUCUCCUUUUGCAGCUCUGUUUCUCAGUUUCUGUGUAAAUAAUAAGCUUAAGAAAAUCAACAAGUGAACAAAUAUUGACCUUUGCGUUACACAGUUUGGAUCAUCAUCAUACAUACAAUUAUGAAAAGACUUGGUAGUUCUGAUUCAUUGGGUGCUUUGAUGUCCAUGUGUCCAAGUACUACAGAUGACCAGAACCAUGUGUACUCAUCAAGGGACUUCCAAUCCAUGUUAGAAGGCUUAGAUGAAGAAGGAUGUGUAGAAGAAUCUGGUCAUGUUUCUGAGAAGAAAAGGAGACUAAGUGUUGAACAAGUGAAAGCUUUGGAGAAGAAUUUUGAAGUUGAGAACAAACUUGAACCUGAAAGGAAAGCCAAAUUGGCUCAAGAACUUGGUUUGCAGCCUAGACAAGUUGCUGUUUGGUUCCAAAACAGACGUGCACGUUGGAAAACAAAGCAGCUUGAGAGAGAUUACAAUGUUCUUAAAGCUAAUUUUGAUUCCCUCAAACAUAACUAUGAAUCUCUCAAACUUGACAAUGAAGCUCUCAUCAAAGAGAUUUGUGAGCUGAAAUCAAAGGUGUAUGGUGGUGAGAAUGGAGAAAGCAGAGGAGCUGUUGUUGUUGUAAAAGAAGAGGCAAUGGAAUCUGAAGAUGAUGACAAACUGAUGAAUGAACAAAACAAGCAUCCAAAUGAUGGCAACAACAGCAACAACAAUCUUCUUGAUGAAGAAGAAGAAGAAGAUCAAGAGGACGAUGAGGCCAUCAAUGCCACCAAUGUUGCAUCAACCAUUUUCGCCGACUUUAACAAAGAUGGUUCCUCAGAUAGUGACAAUUCAAGUUCUAUCUUGAAUGAAGAUAGCAGUCCAAAUGCUGCAAUAUCUUCAUCUGGUGCUUUCUUGAUUUCAAAUGAUGGUAGUGGUGGUGGUUGCGGAGUUGGUUGUUCAUCAUCAAGUUCAUUGCAUUUUUGCUUUAACUUCACUGAAUCAAGUUCAAAAUCAAUUCUUGGAGAUACUCAAGCCAAUUCUUGUUAUACUUACCAACCAACAACAACAACAACACAAUAUAAUGUGAAGAUGGAGGAGCACAAUUUCUUCAAUACCGAAGAAUCUUGCAGUACUUUUUUCUCAGAUGAACAAGCUCCUACACUUCAAUGGUACUGUCCUGAAGAUUGGAACUUUAAAGACUCUUGAUUAUCUAUCUAUCUUGAUCACUUCAAGAAUAAGGGAAAUUGUCUUUGUUGGGAGCCAAAUUUUGUAUAGUGGUUAUUGGUUAAAGAAAAUGGCCUAAUGGUUAAGAGAUGACAAAGAGUUCAAAAGCUGAAGUUGAUGGAGGGUGGGGGUGGUUCAAGUGGGGUGGUUGGGUGAGGAAGAAGGUUUUGGGGGGGGGGGGGGGGACUAAGUAAAAAAUUGGGAGAAGAAGAGUUCAAGAAGAUCCAUGAUGAUGGAGAGAGUUUCCCUGUAAUGAAAAAUAAAAGUGGCUAAAAGUAUAAAUAACCAUGCAUUCUAUAUAUUUGAAUGGUUUUAAUAUCUUUUUGCCAUCCAUGAAAUGUAAAAUUAAAAAUGAUAAUUCAUUAAUAAGCUUUCACAUUUUCACCUA